AUGUCUGACACUGUCACCAAGGUCGUAGCGGACCUGAAUGCCGCUAUCUUGCAGAAGUCUGCGCGUGCCAUCGCAGAGGUUGCGUGUAAGUACAGUGCCUCGGACAGAGAGAAGGUCAGAGCGCAGUAUCGCAGCACCUACUCCAUAGAGCCGGACGACCACAUCAACAAGAUGCUCAAGGGUGGGGAUGCUGCCACCAUCGUCUCGAACUGUUGGGAUGAGCUUCCUGUCCUGCGUGCCAAGCAUCUCUCCAAGGCCCUGAAGGGCUCUGUCGACCACAGGGCCCUCCUUGACCUGUUGAUCAUGUGUGAUCGCGAAGACUGGAACAAUACCGUCGUUGCAUUCACUCAACAGUUCCGUAAGAAUCUUCCUGAGGAGCUUGAAAAGGCCCUGAAGUCCACGACUAGCUACCGUGCAUUCUAUACCACUUGGAUCAAGUUUGACCGUGCUCCGAGGAACAACAUCAAUGGCGAUGCCCUUAAGCUCAAGGAGGCUUUUUCGAAGAAGGAUGAGCAGACCGUCUUUGACAUCAUGUCCACCACCGUAGAGAGCGAGUACAAGGCUAUCGCCACCCAGUUCGAGAAGGUUGCUGGGAUGACUAUGAUCCAGGCUUUUGCAGCUCUAACCUCGGGGCCGCUCUACUGGGCGCUCCACACAGCCCACUAUCGUAACAUUGGUAUGAACAACGGAGCCGCGUUCCUUAUCCACCAUGCAUGCACAGCCGAUAAGAAGGGCGACAUCGCUAGGAUGACGCGCCUGAGCCCGCUCCUCUGCGACAAGUGUCUCAACGCAAAGAACUACUAUUCAGAGUUUGGUGAUAUGGGCAAGGAUAUCGUCAACGCCUUUAAGGAUGCGGUUGAAGAGGUUCUCAAGGUCCUUUGGAGAGUGUAG